AUGGCGAAUCCGAACAACAUCAUGGGCCCAGCACUGGAGGAAAGCAGCGUGAUACCUACUGUGGCGGUGGGCCCCGACACCGACGAUGGCGCGGACAUACAGAUCGAUGAUAAACUGCGCCGGGCUGCUGAGAGGGAGAUGCGUCGAAGCUCAAAUCCCAGUGCCAAGCGUGUGAGGACAGAGGCCAGCAUUGGCCGCUUCGACUACGCCGCGCCAGAGCUCAUGGAGGAGGGUCUCACAGGCUUCCUCCUCACAUCUACCUUUGACAGGGAGAAGAGCGCCUUGAAGGAGGCUGUGACGCUCCUCGAGGGUGCACUGCGUGAGGCGGCGGCUGCCGGGAAGGGGUCCUUCGCGUGGGCCUGGAUGCUGGAUGAGCGCCCCGAGGAAAGGGCGCGCGGCGUGACGGUGGAGGUGGCCAUGACCAGAUUCGAAACCAGUCAGCGCGGCUUUGAGGCGGGCUUCGCGCCGCCCUCCGGCCCGGGGUCAAUCGGGGGCCAGACGCGGGAGCACGCCCAGCUGGCCCGCAGCCUGGGCAUCAGCCAGUUGGCGGUGGUGGGCACCAAGCUGGAUGCCAUCUCUGGCGACCCAGAGGAGCAGGCCGCGCGCUUUGCGGCGGUGCGUGGAUCUCUGGAGCCCUUUUUGAAGUCCUGCGGCUUUGCCAGCAGGGCGGUGCAGUGGCUGCCCGCCUCCGGGGUCACGGGCGACAACCUGCGCGGGCGCGGGGACGGCACCGGGUUGGGCGCCUGGUGGCGCGGCGGCACGCUGGAAGACGCCAUCGACGCCUUCCGGCCUGGUAGUGGCGGCGAGAGUGAGCGGGAAAGGGCGCUCCGCCUGCCGCUGCGCCUGGUCGUGCACGAGGCGGCCGCCGCGGGCUCCAAGGGAGCCGCGCAGCUGGGCGGCAAGCUCGAGGCGGGGGCGCUGCUGCCGGGCAGUCGCGUGCUGGUCAUGCCCUCGGGCCAGGCCGCCACGGUGCGCACGCUGGGCGCCGAGGGCGCCGGCGGCGUGGCGGCGGGAGGUAGCAGUCCCGCCGCGCUGCUGGCCGGCAGCGGCGCGUCGCUGACGCUGGCAGGGUUGGACGACCCGGGGUCGGUCGGACCGGGGUCAAUCGUGUGCGACCCCGCCUGGCCAGUGCCCGCCGCGUCGGCUUUCCGGGCACGAGUGCUGGUGCUGCAAGUGCCGGGACCCAUCCUGCCAGGCCAGCAGGUGUCGGUGUACUGCCACGCCGCCAAGGAGAGCGGGACGCUGAGGAGGCUUCAGCAGGACGGCCCCUCGCCCCGACCGGCGCGCUUUCUUGUGUCCGGCCAGCGGGCGCUGGUGGAGGUGGCGCUGGCGAGGCCGCUGGCGCUGGAGACGGCUGCCGACCUUCCCGCGCUGGGCAGGGUGGUGCUGCGGGACGGGGGAAGGACACUGGCCGUGGGCCUCAUUAUCGAGCUCCUGUAG